CCACCCACCAUUAAGGGUAUAAAAGGGCCAUAGAGGAAGGAGAAACUCAAACCUCACCAUAUCCGCCUAGAUCAGCUUACCUGCUCUCCAUCACCUCUCCCUGCACUAUGCCUUACAACUGCUGCCUUCCCAACCUGAGCUGCCGCUCCACCUGCUGCUCCCGGCCCUGCGUGCCUCCCAGCUGCCACACCUGCACCCUGCCCGGGGCCUGCAACAUCCCCGCCAGCGUGGGCAACUGCGGCUGGUUCUGUGAGGGCUCCUUCAAUGGCAGUGAGAAGGAGACCAUGCAGUUCCUGAACGACCGCCUGGCCAGCUACCUGGAGAAGGUGCGCCAGCUGGAGCGGGAGAAUGCUGAGCUGGAGAGCCGCAUCCGGGAGUGGUGCCAGCAGCAGGUGCCCUUCGUGUGCCCCAGCUACCAGUCCUACUUCCGGACCAUUGAGGAGCUCCAGCAGAAGAUUCUGUGUGCCAAGUCUGAGAAUGCCAGGCUGGUGGUGCAGAUCGACAAUGCCAAGUUGGCCUCUGAUGACUUCAGAACCAAGUAUGAGACAGAGCUGAGCUUGAGACAGCUGGUGGAGUCAGACAUCAACGGCCUGCGCAGGAUCCUGGAUGAGCUGACUCUGUGCAAGUCUGACCUGGAGGCCCAGGUGGAGUCCCUGAGGGAGGAGCUGCUGAGCCUCAAGAAGAACCAUGAGGAGGAAGUCAACACCCUGCGCUGCCAGAUCGGAGACCGCCUCAACGUGGAGGUGGACGCGGCCCCCACCGUGGACCUGAACCGCGUGCUCAAUGAGACCAGGAGUCAGUAUGAGGCCCUGGUGGAGACCAACCGCAGGGACGUGGAGGAAUGGUUCACCACCCAGGUAAGCAUCUCAGCACAGAGAAGCGGCUGUGUGACAUUCUGUAUGUUCCCCACACAGAGGAACUCCCUGGAGAACACGCUGACGGAGACCGAGGCGCGCUACAGCUCCCAGCUGUCCCAGGUGCAGCGCAUGAUCACCAACGUGGAGUCCCAGCUGGCCGAGAUCAGGAGUGACCUGGAGCGGCAGAACCAGGAGUACCAGGUGCUGCUGGACAUCAAGGCCAGGCUGGAGUGCGAGAUCAACACGUACCGGGGUCUGCUGGAGAGCGAGGAUUGCAAGCUACCCUGCAAUCCCUGCGCCACAACCAACGCAUGUGACAAGUCCAUUGGGUCCUGUGUCACCAAUCCCUGCACCCCGUGUUGCACACGCUCCCGCUGCGGACCCUGCAAUACUUUCGGGUGCUAG